AUGUGUCUGCUGGUUCACAUCAACGGCAUGGCAUGGCUAGCUGACGUCAGCACGCCCUGCUGCCCCAGCAGCCUGCUUCCCCACGCCAUGUUCCUGCAGCCGCUGCUCUUCCAACCCGGCAUCCUCCAGCACCAGGACGCGGGGGUGUACCGCAUAUCCCCAUGCCCCCCGCCCCACCCGCCAGCACCUGCUAGUGCAGCCCGUUGGGAGCAUGGACGGGGUGCAGACGGCUGGGAGAAGGCAGCAGCAGCAGUAGCAGCAGCGGACAGAGGCACGGAGGGAUGGAGGGCGGUAGAAAGAAGAGUGCACGGGUUGGCAGUGGAGCACGUCGAGGCAGGAAUGGAUGGGUGCAUGGCUGAGGGGACUGCUGGCUGGCACGCACAUCCAAGUUCAGAUACCAAUGACGAUGAUGAUGAUGAUGAUGACUUCUACAUGCAAGGUGUGCGUGUUGAGGCAACAGCGUGCCCACCGCGGCUCUCGCAUGCUACAGGUGGACAGGUAGAAGCAGCAGCGGUGAGGGCAGGUGAGCAGUGGUAUGCGGUGGAGAGACUGUGCCGCGUGGGGCCCAGUGAAGCAGGCGGGAGAUGGGCAGGAGAAGAUGGAGAGCAGGCAGCAUGGGGGGAGGCUGCUUGUGAGGAGGAGGCACGGUGGCAGGCGCUGUAUCGCUUCUCCUCGUGGCCGGGUGACGCAGAUCACUUCCUCCAGUGCAUGCGCCAUGCCUCCCCCCUGAGUGGGCCGCGGGUGGCGGUGCGCCUGUGCGGCGACGGGGAGGGGGAGGGGGAGGGGGGAGGUAGGGGGGUGAUUCGCGAGAUGAUUCAUGACCGGCACUUGCUGCUGCUGGAUGGCGACGGGCGCGUGCAGCAGCAGCAGCAGCUGGCUACAGACGAGGAGUUCAGUGCGGUGGUGAGGGGUCGGUUUGGCAUCCGGCUGGGGGCAGACGAUGUGAUUGCAAUGCCUCCUGUGCGCAGGGAGCCGCCACUUGGCGACGCUUGUCCAAUGAGAGAUGUGCCAUGUCCAAUGAGAGCAGGGAAGGGGGGAAGCAUAAGAGGAGUCGUUACAGGGGAACUGCUCCUGUCUCACCGUCCCUCCACCGCCCCUUGCCUCCCUCCACCGCCCCUUGCCUCCCUCCACCGCCCCUUGCCUCCCUCCACCGCCCCUUGCCUCCCUCCACCGCCCCUUGCCUCCCUCCACCGCCCCUUGCCUCCCUCCACCGCCCCUUGCCUCCCUCCACCGCCCCUUGCCUCCCUUUGCCACCCCUUGCCUCCCCGGCAGCGCGUGGCGGUGCUGACAGGGGCGGGGUUGUCUGCAGCAUCAGGCGUGCCCACGUUCAGAGGGGCGGGGGGUCUCUGGCGCACCUAUGAUGCCACGGUGGGUGCCAUGCCACGGUGGGUGCCAUGCCACGGUGGGUGCCAUGCCAUGGUGCUGGUGGAUGGUGGGCUAUGGGGGAUCACUCGCAUCGCAUGCCACUGUGCGGCACUCACAAGGCCAUGUCAAAUGCCUAUCCUCUUCCCUCCUUCAUGCUUCACACGCCCUCGCUCCUCUCGCCCCCUGCGCACCUCUCAUCCAUGGUGCCCGCAGGAGCUGGCAACCCCACAGGCGUUUGCGGCUGACCCGUCCCUGGUGUGGGAGUUCUACCACUACCGCAGGAGUGUGGUGGCACGGUGCGCACCCAAUGCGGGCCACAGGGCGUUGGUGCAGUUGGAGCAGCGCUGCCAGCGGGAGGGCAAAGCCUUCACGCUCCUCACACAGAACGUGGACGGGCUGCACACAGCGGCGGGCAGCAGCGCACUGGUGGAACUGCACGGCUGCCUCUGGCGCACCCGCUGCCUCACCUGUGGUGACAUCACAGAGAACCGCACUCAACCCAUCUGCGCUGCUCUGGAGGGCAAGGGAGCGCCCAGUGAGGGUGCCAAGGCAGCAAGCAUUCCUCUCAAGGACCUGCCGCGCUGCACCAAGCUGCCUGAAGGUGUAGCCUCGGGCCGAGCCUGCAAUGGGUUGCUGCGGCCGGACGUGGUGUGGUUCGGAGAGUGUCUGGAUCAGCGGGUGGUGCAAGAAGCAGAGGGCGCCAUGACUGGCUGCGACCUGCUGCUCGUUGUUGGCACCUCGGGAGUUGUGCAUCCAGCAGCGGGGUAUGUGAGGGCAGUGCGGGCGGCAGGGUGGCAGGUGGCGGAGUUCAACGCGGAAGCCACGGCGCUCUCCCCUCUCGCCACCUGGAAGUUCCCUGGGGACUCCGCCACGCUGCUGCCACUCGUGCUGGGGGUGAAUGGAAGAGGGGGUGGUGACAACAGUGUAAAUAGGCCUGAAUUUGCUACCAGGAAUUGUUGA